AUGUUUAGAAGCCUUCUGGGAACCCAGUCGAGCAGCCGAUCGUCUGUCUCGAGCCGCCACAGACAUCGUCGAGAUCGCGACGACUACGACGACGACGACGACGACAGCCGCUCAAAGUACUCAUCGCGCUCUCACCACAAAUCGUCUCGCCAUCAUUCGUCUUCCUCGAAGCACAAAUCCUCACGAAGUGACGAUCGUGAUGCGGAUAGACAUUCGAGCUCAAGACGGUCCUCGCGACGUUAUGAGGACGACGGCGACGGCGCACGUUCUACCAUAGCUCCUAGUGAGAUAACAUCUGAAGCGCCGUCACGGAUGCUGGAUGGUGAGAGGAGUACUUUUGGUGAUGACCCUAAUGACCAUUAUAAGGAACGAAGGUCUCGCAGAAGAGGUCGUGGAGAUGACGAUUCUGUACUUGAACGAGACCCGCGAGACGCAAGGCGCCGCGAGAGAGAUACAUACACAGAGGAACCGAGAUACCGUGAUGAUGCCCCUUCUACGGUAGGACCCGACUUCCGAGAUGCUUCACGUCGUGAGAGAGAUGGAUAUGGAUAUUCGGGUGAACCACGACGGCGCUCGCGAGACCGAUAUAACGACAAUGACGACGACAGACGACAAAGGAGCAGUCGUCCAUACGAUGAACCAGCUACUGAUGAUAGAUACGAACCAGCUACACGUUCGGAACGACGCAGCAGGGCCUUGGAUGACCGAGCCAUUCCUGAAGACCAACGGCCCAUUGAACCAGCUGGCCGCAGCCGAACUGCAGCUUCUGGCCCGGGAAGCUCGCGGUCUCCCAUGUACCCUUCGGAUGGCAGCUAUCCUACGACAUCAGGACCUGGGGCUAUGCCUCAAUCAUCAUAUUCUUAUCCUCCACCCACAUCAGGCUCCUAUCCACCUCCAGAUAGUGCUCAGCAGCCGCCUAUGAUGGGCUCAGCUGCCGAGUAUUAUGGAGACCAAGGCCAGUCGGUCCCAACUCAGCCUGGAUUCACGCCCAGUGCUAUUUCACCUUCUGGUCCUGAACACGAACCUCAUCCCUCAAUACCGAUACCACAGUUUGACCAGCACCAAGUUGGGCCAUCCGGACCACCGCCUCAGCACGACACUGGAACUGGGGUGUUGGACGGCAUGGCCGCUGGAGCUGCUGGCUACGGCAUAAGUUCAGCCAUGUCUGGUGGAUUACCUCACAGCGGACCUCCCAACACCUCACCAAUUAUGCCAGGGAGCAUGUCGGCUGAUGUGCCCUCCAAUUCACUGCCCAAUGCACCAUCCAACACGCUACCAGACAGCUUCCAUGAAUCUCCAGUCAACUAUGCGCCAUCUGGAUACCCAGAAAACCAACCUCAACACCAUUCGUCUUCAUCACAUGGCGGGCUUGCUGCACUUGGAGCGACAGCAGGCCUUGCAGCUGCAGCAGGCCUAGCAGCACAUUCACAUCACAAUUCGCACCAUAAUUCAUACAGCAAUAGCCAUCAAGUGCCACAGUCUCAAUACCAACAACCCCAGCACAUUGGAGGCUUUCAGCAAGGAAAUCUUGCCUAUCAAAAACGUCAACAAGGCCCUCUAAAGAAGUUCGUCGACUUUUGGCGAGAUCCUGAAGGUGUGGGACUGUACGAAGAGUACUCUGAAAUCAUUGGAACCUGCAGGUACUGUUUUGAACCAGGAACAACCUCUCGCGAUGCACCACGCAAACAUCGAUAUCGUCGCAGGUUAUCCAAUGACAGCUUCGGCGGUAGAUCCAGAGUGGAUAAGUUGACUCGCUAUGGGUCUUCUGAGGAAGAAGGCCACCACAAGAGCUCGAACCGCAAAUCCUGGCUGGCUGCUGGCCUGGCUGCAUAUGUAGGCAAGUCUAUCUUCGACAAGAGAAAGAGGGACCACCGUGAUCGCUCUCCAUCAAUUCGACGCACCAAAUCAUCGUCCUCCUCAAGCGUGGGAGGUAAGGGAGCAGUCUCGUACGGACAGGCUACUAUAUCGGAGUACUCCCACCCGCCGUCCACAAUUGGUGGUGGACGGAAAUUGGACAGAUAUGAUUCCCGGAGUGAUGUUUCGAAGCCGUCCAUAUCAGCUCAUUCGAGAUCUAAAUCUGAAGGGUACCGACGUCGAGAUCGAUCACGGUCGUCAUCGAGCGAUAGUAAGUCUGGCAGAUCAGGCCUGAAGACCGCUGCCAUCGCAGCUGGUGCACUUGGUACUGCUGCGGCCCUGUCAUCAGCCAGCCAUGGACGCAAAGAGAGACGGAUACGUGCUCGUAGCCGAAGCAGGUCUCCUAGAAAACCUCGACGUCGUUACUCUUCGUCUUCUAGCUCCUCGAUGAUUGAUAUCUCUCGCCCCUCGGCAAAAAAGGGCCUGGCAAGCUUUUCAAACUUCUUUAGCGCACCGUCAGAGAGGAGCCGAACCGGUCGAACCGGCCGAGCCAGCCCUCGUAAGAAACAGCGGAACUUAUUUGGUAUUGGAUCGACAUAUUCAUCAUCGGACGAUGCUGAUCUCGCCUUUGGUUCUGGAUUUCUUAAGCCGCGGAACUCAAAGAAGGGAAAAAACCGAAAGCGUGACGAAGUCAUCGAUGCUAAGCUCAUUGGUCUAGGUGCCGCUGCUGCUGGACUUGCAGCUUCGGCAUCGAUUGCGAACGGGAGACGAAAUCACAGCUUGAUUGCAGUCAAGGAACGAAAAUCCAAGCACGAAACAACUGCAGAUGACAAUUGGGAAUCUGUGUCCGAUGAAUCAUCCUCUGCGGAUUCUGGCCUGGCGUACGGUGGACCAUCGUCAAACAGCCGAGAUUCCUUUACGUCCGACUCUGGAACUUCAAAAUGGCGAUGGCGAUGGGGGACUUCUAAGAAAAAGAAGAAGACACCACAGUCUCUAGAGUACCCCAAUAAACGGAAUGACCAUGGACGGAACUCCCAAGCUUCGCUCGUUCCGCCAUCCAGCAGCUUGGGCAGCCUCCCUUCCAUGCAGAAUGUCGACCCUAUUCCGACUGGUGAACAAUCACUGACACCUUACCGUCAUGAACAUAAUUCUACAACGGGUGGCCCGUCGGUUUUUGACACGACGAAGCAAAUAUACAUUUCUCGCCCAGAGCAUACGGAGAUUGACCAGCCAAAACCAACGGUCCCCGUAUCUAACUCAUUCUACAAUCAAAAGGACCCUCAAAGCGAAAAGCCCAAACCUACCUUCAAGGAAAUCGCUCCUGCUGUGGCCAGUGCUGUAGCUGGUGCGGCAUUGAUGGGAACUGCCAUCGAGUACUACAAUGAUCACCCCUUGAAGGACUCUAAAGCAGUUGUUCCAGCUGAUCCAUCCAAAUCCAAGGAUAUGUCUUUACCCGGGGCCCUGUCUGGCAGUAAUCGAGAACGUCCCUCCUCCCACAGUGACCUGGCGUUGGAACAACAUCAACAGAAGCAAAUCAUGCCGCCUCCACCUGCUUCAUUGCCAGGUAGUUAUGACUUAGUGCCACGAGUGGACAACGUGGGCGUGGAUCGAUCUAGAAAGGCAAGGGAUGACAGCGAUAUAUCUAUGAAGAAAGUGGAACGCAGAAGAAGAAACUCUUCUCCUGCCCUUGAGGACCAAUACACUUAUAUCACCCCGUCAGAUCUAUCUAAGCGCAGGUCCACAGGGAAAGGCGUCGUCCAAUUUGAACUGACCAAGGAGCAGCAAGACAAGGAGAUGCGCCAGCGAGAGCUGGAAAGCGAAAAAGCGGCCAGACGCUACCCGCGAGACGAUGAACCAGUGUCAGAUCCAGAGAACCGGAUACCCAAGUCGAGGCGGUCUCACCCUGUAGAUAUGUCUCCGCAAUUACCUGAUGACAAGUUUGAGGCGCCGCCUAAUGAAAAGGAGGCUGAGUCAUGGUCUUUGCCUUCUCGAGUCGCAUUUCCAGUCCUCUCCGGGGCUGCUGCUGUAGCGGCUGAUCGCAUACUCGACGAAAAGAAGCGUAAAAGAGAAGAGCGCCGUAGAGAACGCCGCGGCUAUUCUGAGUCUGAGGCUGGAUCAUCAAUGGUCUCGAGACAGCGUUUCGAUUCACCCGAUCGUCACUUCGUUGAAGAACCUGGGGAAUUAGCCGAGAAGCCAGUCCCAAACCCCAAGACCAAGCCAACUUACGAGAACUAUGCGACUUAUUUCACACCUCCGGAGCUUCGUCGUGAAUCCAGUGCAGAGUCGGUUCCGGAAGUAACUUCAGCAGCCAAAUCCGAGGCUACCAAAUUCCGUCUUAUUGAACCCCGUACUAGUCCACUUGACACCAAGCUGACUAGGGCUGAACCAACCAGGAGUACAAGUCUACCCUGGCCAGUUCCUGAUUUGAACCUCAUUGAGCCCACACCACCUCAAAGUAGGACCGGUUCUAUCCUGAGCCAUGGUGACGAGACAAAGGACCGCCAGAUUGCUGAUCCCAUUGUGACUGUUCCCGGACAAGCUGCCUUUGAGCUAGAUAAAGACGAUACCCACGAUAUUGCACGAAAUACUGAAGCUGGAGAUAUCGAAGUCCCUGGACCUUCUCUUCACAACGUUCCUGGAGCCGCAAAGAAGUUGAACAACGAUGAUGACAUCGAAGUCAUCCCUUCUAAGAGCGAACCUCGCGAGCUUCAACCAGGCCCCGAAAUUCCUUCGCCUCAUCAUAUGCCUGGCGAGUUUGAUGACAUCGAUUUUGCUGCCACACUUGCUGCCGGCGCAGCUAUGUCAGGGUUUGAUCCUUCGAUUGUCACGGAUAACCCGACUUAUCAUAGCCGUGUUUCACCUCCACGAUCAGAGGGUGAUUUUAAAAGUAUAUAUGAAGAAACGCCAGUAUCUCCUGUCCGAGAAUUUUAUGAGCACGAACCACUACCUCCAGCAAACAGGCAUGCAAGGCAAGAAGUCACUGAAUACCAUGGGCCCACCGAUCGAGCGGUAGAAUUGCACAGUGAAGUAGGACAAGAUACCCUUCCGAAAAACAUGGAAAUCGUACCCCCUGAAGAGUCCAUCAGCCCUCUGGCACCUGAAGCCACAGCUGCAAAGCUGAGUAAGAAAGAGAAGAGGAAAAAGAAGGCCGCUCAGAAGAAGAGCAAGUCUGUUGGCGAGCAGGACCUUGAGCCAGACUGGGAAGAACAGCCUAUUUUUACUCAACCAGAACCCACCGAAGCUGACCGUGAGGUUAAUUCUGGAAACGCUGAUAGGUCGGGGACAACGAGCCGAGACCUGUUUGAGGCAGACGACAAGCCGGGCUACGGUGACCCUUCUUUUAAGGAAAUGGUAGAUGAGGGUGAAAAAGCACCUGGACAUGAGAAAGAGACGUGGCAAGAUGCGGAGGAGGGUAUACAGCCUUAUAUACCGUUGGCUGAUGACAGUUCGAUCAAAAUAAAACCAGCGGAAGUCAGCCCUCCAACUCGCGAUGUUGACGAUCAAUUGCUAGAUAACCAACCCUAUGCUUCCAUGCCAGGGGACUUUGGUGAUGUAUGGGUUGAUCUUGGUCCUGUUGGUGGAAAUGGUGUGCCUAUUGUUCCUGAAGAGAAGGGUCCAGUAGAGGAACCUGAGUUUGCAACUGUUGAGAAACCAAAGAAAAAGUCUAAAGGGAAGAGCAAGCUGGAAAAUGUUGACGGACCCAGUCUCAUCCCAAGCGACGUUGCAGAAGCUCCCACGCGUGGAUCCGAGGCAGACGAAACCCUUGACUGGAACGUUGAGCCAACUACUACCACGUCAAUUCCCGACCUUGGUGGGCUAGAAAGGGGUAAAUCCAAAUCUAAACGCCGCUCAAAACGAUAUGCGGAACUCAUCGACUCCCGAUCUGAAGUUGGCGAAAGCUCCAAGCCAGAAGAUGACAAUAUAUCCGUGGUCUCUCGGGCUAAAUCAGAGGCGGCAAAGGACUACGCAAAGAACAGCGAUAAGUCCCGGGGGUUCUUUGGACUAUUCGGCUCUUCUCCAGCAGUGGGUGAGGAGAGUUCCAAGCUAGAAAGGGACUCAUCACCUCCGCCAUCAGAGAUUUCAACAAGCUCAAAGAAAAAGAAGAAGUCGAAGAAAGAUCGCCGUGCUGAUGAAGAUGCGAUCACGGCAGACGACAAUGACUUGCCGGCAUCACGAGAUAUUGAACCAGUAAACGCAUAUGACGCAAAUAAUGACGAUCAACAAAGACAGAAGAGUAAAGAUCGGAAGAAGGGCCGUAAAAAUCGAUAUGAGCAGAUAGUCGAAUCUGGGAAAGCCAGUGAUGAUGAAGACAAGAAUCGACAGGAUACCAGUAGACAAGAAAAGGACGAUACUCUAGUCAAAGACCAGUCUUCUAAGCCCUUCCUAGACGAUAGCUUCGAGAUAACGUCCGUGCCUAGUGGUACUUUAGAGCAAGAUCCUGCUACCUCUGUUGAGAGGGAGUCUAACCGAGGCUCUGCUCCUGUAUCAGACUUUCCUAUACAGCUAAACCUGCCAUCUCGUGGCCGGAGCCGCUCUGUUACUCCCUUGCCUGGCGAGAAGGUAGUUGACUUGCCUACUCAGUCUCUCAGCAGACCUUCAUCUCGAUCACGGUCACCUCCAGGUACCGCAAAACGGAUAUCAUGGCGGGGAGGGUUCAAUUUUGGAGAUGUCAACAGUUCUCCUACCGCAAUUCCCAUUCAGCUUCGCCGGCCACCAUCAACCCCUGAUAGAGGAACUCAUGAUAGCCCGGUUUCCCCGAGCAGGCCUAAAUCUGGACACAAGCGGCCAAAGUCCACUGAGUUCAAGACGAAUCGUGAGUUUAGACCAUUGUGGCUUGUUGAACGGCAUACCAGCAAAACCGAACAGCCUGAAGAGGAGACAUACCCAUCACUUCCCUCUAGUAAAUCUACGUCUCGAAUGUCAUCGGUCGAAGAUUUACGGGCCAAAGCUCUUGAGGGCGAAGAAUCUAUGGAUAUAUUCUCAACCCCAAGACGCCGACCAUCAUUGCAUGUUGCUACUAACGACUCUUCUUUUGACGUAGAUGUCCUAGGUUCCCAGCAAGCCACCCCAACCGCGCAUUCCUUCAGAUCCCAGGACCGGAGGCCGAAAGAGAAGCCAAAGUAUGAGUUUCAUUCACCGUCUGAGCUCCUGGAGGGUCCAAUGUCGUCUCGGUCUGCACUGAAUGAUGUGACGCAGCCCUCUGAAGGAACAAUAAUUCCAGGUAGCAACAAGACCAAAGAAUUAGAGCUUAUGGAUCUUCAAAACCUACCACCUCUACCUGACUCUCCAAUUCAUGAAGAAUUUAAGUCUCGUGAGUUGGAUGUCACUCCGGGAAUCGGUCAUGAUGUACCGCCAAGCUCUCAUCAUGAGCCUGAAGUAGAGGUAGCCGAAAUCCCGGCAGAAACAAUUUCUCCUGAGCAUCUCCCUCCUCUUCCUGAUAGCCGCUCGCCUACUCCCACGGCUGAUCAGGGGGUGGAAACCCAGUCAUUAGCGGAGGGUAUUGAUCGUUCCUUGACUCCGCGGCCGACUUACCAUGGACUUGAUGAGGCGCCAGUGCAAGCGCCAGUCGAAGUUUCUACUCCAGAUUCAGACCCUGCUACGCUAACUCAGCUUUCGCCAACGUACCGUACUAGUGAGGCCAGUGAGUACGAAUCGGUUGAUGAAGACCACUUCGUAGAUGCCAGUAGCCAGGCGCCUAUGAGUCCAUCUUACCAGGAGGGUUUCAACUCACCUACUACACCUACUUGCUUACCCGCAGAUUCCGAGCCUCAAGGAUCAGCUGCCCUUCCUCCAUUCGCUGCUGACUUUCCGGUCCUUGGCGUUCCUGAUGAAGAAGACAGCAUUUCCAAAGAUACGGAUGCUGAAUCUGUGACGACAGUGAAAAAAGAUGACGGCAAUGAAAGGGAGCCAGAACCUACAACAGAAACAGUCAAGGGCCCUGAACUUGAGUCUUCAGCAGAAAUAGCAAAGGAACCUGAGGAUGAGCCCGAAGUCACAGCACCAAGAUCUAAAAAGAACAAGAAAAAGAAUAAAAAGAAUCAUGAUGCCGAGCCUACUCCUACUAGCCAAACUCUGGAGCCCGAGGCUCGACUUACCGCGGAGCCAGAUUUCGAAUCUGUUGCUGAGCCUGUUGCUGAAGGCCCAACGGAGAGAGAAGCGCCUUUGGUUAUCUCAACUGAUUCAAUCUCUACCGCAGCCGCCGAUCAAGAGUUAGGCGAAGGGCCAACCCUGUCUACCGCCAUUGGCGAAGAAAGCAAGCUAGAACUUGUGGAAGAGGACCCAGUUCCCGCACCAGUUACCAAGUCCAAAUCUAAGAAAGGCAAAAAUAAGAAAGGGCGCAAGAACAAAGUUGUAGUAGAUUCUGUUGAAAAGCCCAGCCAGGAGCCGGAUGGAUCUUCGGCAGGUACUUCUACUCGAAAGGACGGCAUUGCUAUUGCCCAGGACGAAGGCUUGGAGACUCCUACAAGAGACGUAGCGCACGCUCGGCUAGGCGAUGCUGUGACUGACUUUGUGUCUGACAUGGAUCCCCAAUUGCACAAUGACAGCCCUGAUAUUGUGAACGCCACUCCGCCAAAGGACACUGCCGUGGAAACAAAAAAGGCUACCGAAGAUCCUGUUCCAGGUGAAGUUCUUGCAGCCGACGUUCCUUUACCAGUUGCGGACGUUGAGGAAGCCGAUGCUCUCAACUCUGUUCGUGGGGAGCCAGAGCCAGCUGAAACUAUUUCGGCGCAAGAGGAUUGUCAUCCAAGUGACAAAACGGUGUCUCUGCCUCACAGCCCGGUGCAGCAACCGCAUGAUAUACCACUCCCCCCACCUGAUGUAGAGGAAGCUGAUAUUCUACAAGGCACAGACGAAGUAAACCCAAAGGAACCAGAACCAGUACAACCUGAAGAGAUUUUGGAUGCUGCUGGCCCUUCCCUCCCCUAUGACUCUCCGGUGACUGAAGUUGCUGCGCCUCUUCCAGGCACGGAUACCCAGGAGAUAGAGGAGGUGAGAAGCAAAGGAUGGCUUGAAACCUCUUCUGGCCCAGAACCUUCUGCCGAGAAUAUCGGCGUUCCAGUGAGCGGUGACAGUCUCGAUCCAAUGCUACCUAUGCAUACAGAUACCCAAAGCCAGGACCAGCCUCCCCAUAGGCUUGAAGAUGACAUACUUCCCACCCGUUCUUCCGCAAACGAGGUAGAUGAAAGCGGUGAUCAAAGUGGCCCUGAUAUGUUUUUUGAUGUUGUCCGGGAUGCGGAUGCUCCAGCCAAGCUUGAAAUGCCGGAUGAGCUGGCGGACAAGGAGCCCGUAACGAAUACCCCUGCCGAUAAACCUGACGAGUUUGCAGAGCUUGAACUAAAGCCGAAGAAAAAGAAAGGCAAAAAGGGCAAAAAGGAUCAUAAGGAUUCUACAUCCAUUGACAACGAAACAUCAGCAUCCGCGGAACAACCACCUGCAGAAUCGUCUGGGCUACCGGUGAAAUCUAAUGACAUGGAAGAGGCUCCGACCGUCGCUCAGAAUGAAGAGACUGUUGAGCAACCGGCCACUGAAGAGCGAUCUUGUCCUGCGGAAGAAACUCAGGCUUUAUCCCUGUCAACAAACCUCGACGCUAACGCGGCCGAACCUAGCGCCGUAGCCAAUGACGCUCCACCACAUAUUCCCGCUGACAACAGCUCCCAAGAAGUGCGGUCAACGUCCAAGCAAUCCAAGAAGCAAAAGAAAAAGGACAAGAAAAAGCAAGCAUUACCGGAUAGUGCACCAGAGGAGACUGUUCCUGAGGCAAGCAAUGUCGAAAAGGACGUUGAGAAAAGCACAUUGGCGGUUCAAGACCCUCAAGACCAAACGGCGGCUACUGAAGAAAUCGGCCAGGACCAGCUGGUAAAUACGGGAGAAAGCGAUAUUCCCAUAGCUACUCCUGGCCUCGUUGAAGGUCUAAAGGAUCACCUCAUUGAUGACCCAGUUGAUGAAGUGGAGGCUCCAAAAGAGGAUACAUUGCCACCUGGUUUUAAACUCGAAGCACCUGUCUCACUAGACGUAGAUGACAAAAGUGCUGUCGAAAAAGACUCCGAAAUCAAAGACGUUGAAGGAAGCGAAGCCAUGCGAUUCAUUCCACCUGCUGAAGAACCAGAAUUGCAAGCAGAAACCAUUCCGUCUACUGAGGAAGCCCCCAUUAAGCCUGCCAAAUCCAAGAAGGAUAAGAAAGGGAAGAAGGGCAAAAAGAAUCGUGACGCCGUACCUUUAGAAGACGAAGCUCAAAGCGCACAACUAAUUAAAUCUUCCGACGAGCAGCCGUUAAAGGAGUCGGAGAUCGAAUCAGUUGUCAAAGAAGGCCCUCUUGCUAAAGAAAAUCCCGUGGAGCCCGCCAGUGGCCUGCCGAUAGGUGCUGAUGACACCCCUGUGGAAACUUCUGUUGAAAAGCCGAUAACAGACAAGGAAAAGAAAAAACGCAAGAAGAACCGCAGUGUAUCAGCCGUCGAAGAGGAAUCCCAAUCUGUUCAGAAAUCCUUUGUACCAGAUGUUUGUGAAGCUGUUCCUGAAAUUGGCCCUGAGACCCAGGAACCUGCUCCGCAGGAGAUUCAAGAUGAUUCACGGAAUACUGAGGCCUCCGAGCUUUUGGUUGAAGCACCAUCAGUGGUUGAUAAACUACCAGCCGAACCUGAACUUGCUGAACCCUCUAAUGCAGAGGUGCCAGUCGUUGGAAGCAUCCCAAUGGAAACCCAGGCCUCAGAACAAGUAGUGGAGCAGCCAUCAGGUGUUGAUGAUUUGACAAUGAGACACCAACAUUUGGAGCCAUUGGAUGAACCUGCUUCAGAGAUUAAUGAUACAUUUGAAGAGCCUCAGGCACCGGAACCUACCCGGGACGACAAUUUGCAGGGAGCUGAACCCCAGCCCUUGGAAUUAUCAAAUGAGCAACAGGCUUUGCCUAUUGAUUCUAUACCAGUUGACUCUCAACCUUUAGUUGAGGAGCCGUCUGAAAUUGUCAAGGAGCCACUGGAGUCUGCCGAUGACCCCGGAGUAUUAGAGCUCCCUGUUGAGAAGCCAGGUGAUUCUGAAGAACCCCCAAAAGAGCCGUCUGAUGAAAAGCCUCUACCGGUAAAGGGCAAAAAGAAAAAGAAGAAGAAGAAGAACCAGCCGCAGUCUUUGGACGAGGAACCCCAGGCUGUUGAAUCAUCAUCUCAGCCCCAAGAGCUACCAAUAGUAACAGAGCAAGACGAACCUCCGGAACUCAAGGAAGAUAUACCAGCAGAGCACAAAGACAAUGAAUCGCCUGAAAAUUUGUGGGACAAAGCCGAUGUUCAGCAGGACGUGCAGGCCGGGUCUCUAGCAGACCAACCGCUGCCAGUUGAAAAUGCAUCCGUGGAAGCCUUGGUCGACACUCCUCUCCCCACUAAGGAAAAACGGAAAAAGAAGAAGAAGAACGGCCAUUCGAUAUCCAUUGAUGAGGAGCGUCAAGUCACAGGGAUCCCAGCCUCCGUUAAUGACCUAUCAGCAAAACCACUCGAAGAUGCUCCAACGGAGACCCCCCGGGAUGUUGAGCCUCAAGAGAACCUGUCCAAAGACGAACAACCCCACAUGCAGGAAGAGGAAUUCACAACGCCUCAGGAUGGCAGCCGCCAAGACACAGAGCCAUCUGCUCCCACUGAAGAGCCACCUACGGAAACCCUCCCGGAUGCACCUUCAGAGCCCCAACCUUAUAAGGUCGUUGUACCUGUUGAAGCCGACCUAGUCUCCGGCUCCCCUAAGACUCUCGAAGGUGAAACUUUCGAUACUAUGGAGGAAAAGCAACCAGAAUCUCAGCAAGCUGGAGGCUCGUUUUCGAAUGAGGCCGAACCUACUGCGGUUUUAGAGGAAACGAGGCCUGAAGUCACCGAGACCAUGAAAGAUGAGCAGCGAAUAUCCAUCCCAUCGGAAAUUCUGGAGCCAGAUGUCAAGGAUCUCAUAGAGGAGGAACAGCCAGGGUCUCAGCAAGCUGGAGACUUAUCUUCAAUUGGGGCCGAGCCUUCCACAGUUUCGGAAAACAAGGAACCUGAAGUCACUGAGACUAUGGAAGACGAGCAGCGAAUAUCCAUUCCAUCGGAAAUUCUGGAGCCAGAUGUCAAGGAUCCUGUGAAGGAGAAACAACCAGAAUCUCAACAAGCUGGAGACUCCUAUUCAAUUGGGGCUGAGCCUUCCACUGUCUCGGAAGACAAGGAACCUGAAGUCACUGAGAGUAUGGAAGACGAGCAGCAAAAAUUCGUUCCAUCUGAGAGUUUGGGUCCUGGGCUUAAGGUUCCAAUGGAGGUCAAUAACCCCGAAUCUCAGCACAUUGAAGACUCCCCUUCCAUGGAGGUUGAACCUAUUUCAGUUUUAGAGGGCAAGCAACAUGAAGCCACCGGGAUCAUGGAAGAAGAGCAGCUCAAAUCCACUCCAUCUGAGAAUAUCGAUCCCGAGCUUAAGGAGAUUGAGCAGCCUGAAUCUCAGCAUAUUGGAGACUCGCCUUCCAUGGAGGUUGAAACUACCACGGUUUUAGAUGACAAACAGCCUGAAGUCGCUGGGACUGUGGACGAACAGCAGCUAAAGUCCAAUCCACCUGAGAUAUUGGAGCCUAUGCCCAAAGAUUCCUGGGAGGAGAAGCAACCGGAGCCCAGACUUUCUGAGCCACAGGAGCCCAUGCCGACCGAAUCUACAGGCGAGAAGCAGCUAAGUACCCAGCACGAUAACGUCCAGGGAGAGCAAUACAAUGCACCUGUUGCUCCUGUUGAGGAGCAGACACAAUCUCGAAUUGAAAAUUCUGCACCACCAAAGGCUGAGUCUGUUAAACCUGAGGAUGAUGGCGACCUUAAACCGCAGAGUGACAGACCAGUGGAGGACUCAAAGGGCGAGGUAGCAGAACUCCCCGAACAGAAGGCAACAGACGUUUCUGACAAAUUUCCUAUGGGACCGCCAACCGAAGUGACUUCUGCACCUAAAGAUAAAAAGAAAAAGAAGAAAAGUCAACCCAAAGCCUUGGAGGAGGAGCCUGAAGAUGCAGAUACACCAACACCUAUUGACGGGCUCCCUGCGGACUCCAUAGACCAUCCUGUGCUAGAAACAGCAAUCGAAAAGCCUCUUACAGCGAAGGAGAAGAAGAAGCUGAAGAAGCAACAAAAAAAACUGUCUUUGGAACAGGAACCUCAACCGGCAAUAUCACCUGAGGCUCCUGAAACUCUCCCUGUGGAAGCUGCAAGAGAAGCAGACUUGGAGGUAGAUACGAAUUCUUCUAACCUAGUGGAAGCCCCUGUUGAGCUGUCUUCAUUACACAAAGGGGCACAAAAGAGCCAGGAAACACCACAUUUGGAGGAGCAGCCGGAGCCCAAGGAGGUAGAACAAUCCUCUGAAAAUAUCACCGUCGAGCCUCCAGUUGAAAAAGCCCUACCGAUAAGUGCUAGCGUGACAGAAAAUUCCCCUGACAAGCCUCUGUCUGCGAAGGAAAGGAAAAAGAAGAAGAAGAAAGAGAAGGCCGCAGCUUCUUUGGAAGACGACCUUGAGACUAAAGAAGAAUCUGUCCCCAUCGAAAAUGCUUUAGACGAGACAUUCGGUACUGAGCCCCUGCCGGAAGAACAAACUCCUACUGAAAAGCCUCUCUCAGUCAAGGAAAAGAAAAAGAAGAAAAAGAAGGGCAAGGAGGAUCAGGAGGAUCAGCUUCCUGGAGCCGAAUCUUUAGCUCAGCCGGAGAAAGCCCCAGAGGCUUCAGAAAGUAUGCCUGUCGAUUUCUUGGCCCGGGAGACGCAAAGUAUUGACAACACUCCGGCAGAAGCUCCUUUCGAACGGCCUUUGCCUGCGAAGGAAAAGAAGAAAGGAAAAAAGGGCAAGAAAUCAAAACAAUCGGUGGACUGGACAGAUGAAGCGCCUCAACCUUCCGAGGACACUAAGGCACUGGGAGAGCACCAAACAGAGGCUCCAAUCCAAGUUGAACCCACUGCCCUCGCAGAGACCGCACUGCCAGCCGAUCAUCCGCAGGCAAAAAUUGAAGACGAACCCGAGGGUCCAACAGAUAAACCCACGAAUACGGCUUCAAUCAAGCAAGGUACAUUAGAUACGGAUAUCGAACGAACUGAUGCCACCAUCACCGAGCCACAAGGAGACGGCGGUGAAGAUAAGACUGGCAACCCAGACGAGGACGGUAAAGAAUUUCAACUCUCUAAAUCUAAGAAGAAGAGCAAAAGUAAGAAAACGGGUGAAGUUUCUUGUUGGACUGAUGAAAUUCCGCCUACGCAGGUUGACAAUGGGCCUGCAAUCCCUCCUACAGAGCUUGAGUCUCAGCAACGAUCGUUACCUUUUGAUGAAGGGACCCCCCAAAAAUCUUUCACCACUGCCGAUGCCACGGAUACUCUACGAAAUGACCCCUCUGACAACCUUCCUGCUUCCGACGCAGACCAGGCCGUAUCGGAGCCCAAACCAACAGAUACUCUGGUUCAUGCAAAUGCCCGGCCCGAGGAUGAUAUAGCUAUCGUUGAGGGAUCUAUGCAAACAGUAGUUAAUCAUGAUAGUAGCCCUGAGAUAGCGUCAUUGCCGAAAUCAGUGGAAGAAGCCACAGAAGAACGUCCUGCCGCUGAGACGACACAAGAAGGUACCAAAGCAUCCACGGAGGUUCAGAGCACCGGACCGGGGCAAUCUCUCGAUGAUCAAAUGAUAGAGAAAAUCCAAGAGAAUGCCACUGAGAAUCCUGCCGAUGAAUCACUACCUGACAAGAGUAAAGGCUUAUCAUCAACUGGUCUAGGAGACACCCUUGCCGAACCUUCAAUACCUGAACUACAAGAUCCACCGACACCAACCCCUCCCCUUGCUAGCUUACCCUCAAGAUCGUAUGCCGAGGGCAAGCCAAAAGACUUCGCUGAGACCAGAGAACUAAUGGAUAAGGCAUCUCCUAACCCCAUCCAGCAGCAGGAAAUCUGGGCUCUGGAAAAUGAAGCCUCUAUUCCAGAAUUGGGACCGAUUGAUUCCACAAGUUCGGAUCAGGCUCGCGGACAUCAGCUCCCAGAACUGCCGGAAGCCGAAACAUCUGACGCUAUGCAGGAGACCCCCGCCGAGCUACUUAAAUCAGAGCCCAGCCUUCCCCCUGGCUUUGCAGAAAAAUCGUUAGCUGGUGGCCACAACUCUGCGGCUACCACUCUAGAUCGUCACGCCCUUGAAGAUGUCUCGCCCAGCAUUGUCCCGGAGCUUGCAAUUGUGCAUGAUGAAAUCUCAGCGCAAAAUUCCAACAAGACGUCCAAGAAGGAGAAAAGGAAGAAAAAGAAAAAGGGUGUGGUUUCUGAGGAAGAGUCUGCUGUUGCCCCUGAAGUACCAGUGAUCAAAAUGGAAACUUUACCUGAUGAGCCUAGUAUAUCGGAGCCCCGUUCUGCUAACCUGGAGGAAGAGCCGCCGCGUAUACUUUCAAAAAAGGAGCAAAAGGCUGCAAAAAAGAAAGCUCGCAAGUCGGCAACUGACGAAGUCGACACGGAUGUCAAGGAAGUUGUUCGGGAAUCAAGCCUUACCCCGGAUGCCCCUGAAAAUGCGGCUGAAAUUGUUGGAACUGCAGAUUUCAAUGAAUUGGUUGAUGCCCCGAUGACAGAAGAAGCCGCCGAAGUUGGUAUCCAGCAACGUUCUGGGUUGGAAGGACCACCCGCCUCUACCCCCACGACAGUCGAUACCGCUGAAAAAGAUGCACCACCUCUAUCUAUGCCGUCUUCGCAGGAAGAUAGCAUGGCUGUACCGGAGAUACCAGUAGCAAUGACGGAAAUUAGCAAUGAACAAACAUUGGAUGAAGAGUCGGCCUCAAGGGAAUUAUUAAAGAAACAAAACAAGCGUGCUAAAGCUAUGAUUACUUCUCAAACGGAGGUGGAUGUCCCUAACGAUCCGAAAGAAGCUGAACCAAGGAUGGAACUGGAGAAGGAACAAUCUGCUCCGGAGCCAGCUUCAUCGAACCAGUCUUCCAAAAAAAACAAGAAAAAGAAAAAGAAGAACAAUCAAGACUUGGGAGGUGAUGCUGAAGCUUUACUUUCGAAGGAAAAGGAGGCCAACAAGACACAUACCGUCGAAGCUCCUGUUUAUCUUGACGUUGAUACACCUGUCGCUGGUGAGGUUGCAACCCCCAAAGAGGAUGAUGUAAAUGAGGACGAGGUUAACAAUGAACGAGAGAUGGACACGGCAUCGUUGGAUCUUCAACUUUCUGGCGACCAUGAAGUCAUCGACGAUACCCCCGAAAUCCAGCAUCCAGUGCUUCCCGAUUCAAUGACCCCUGACAUCGGAGACUUCAGUGAAGAUACGGCUCCCAAAGCUGAUGAUGUACCGGAAGAAAAUCUGGUAGAAAUGACCCUUGAAGAAACUGGACAAUUGCCCAAGGCAGAAAACCCGAGUGAGUUUCAGGAUAUCAAAAGCACUGAACCAACAGUAAAUAGGGUGGAUUUUGAAGGUGCGCCGAAGGAAGUGCGUGCGCCAGGCCAAGAUGUCCCUUUUGGUAGUGGAGUCGACGCUAAGAUCACAUCAAGAAGCCAUGAGAUCUCUGAACCUAUAGCAGGUUCGGCUAUGGAGAUUGACAGUAGCUUUACAGAGGCCUCACAAUUGACAGCCACAGAAAAUGCUGCAGCUGUGGAUGACGGUAUCAAAGAUGUGCCAAUGAAGGACUUGGACGUACAGCCUUCAGCUGAACAAACAGCAACUAGUUUUCACGACCCAAAAGACCUGACCACGCCGUUGCCACAGGAAACUCGGCACACAGAGCCCAUCCUAGAUGCAGAAGAUAUAGCCGAGGGAAUUAAACCUUCCUCACUACCGACAGACGAGGGAGAAACAGCGAUGCCUGCUAACAUUCCAAUCGGCUCACUACAGGACGAAGAGACCUGGCUGUCAAAAGAUGUGAAGGGAAAGAACGGGAAGAAGGGCAAGAAGAAUCCCAAGGGAAAGGACAAGGCACUUGAAGAGUACCAACCUGAGACUGAGACUCCUUUGUUUAAAACAGAGGACCUCCCAGAUUUAUCGAGUGGAAUGUCCCAAAUAAUUGAAUCAGCCGAGUCUGUACCCAACCUGACCGCAAGACAGCUGGAGGACGUCGCUGUACCGACAAGAGGUGAAAAAGGGAAAAGGCCUAAGGCCAAGGGUCUUGUGGUAGACGAAGUCGAACGGACUGAACCUGAAGAGGAAGAAAGUCAUGAUCAAAGUGUGGUUCAGCACGACCCUUGGGGAAACUUUGAGCCUUUGCCUGAAUCCGUAUCAGGACCCUCAACUGAGCCGCCUGGAGAAGGUGAAAGUGUCCCCUCAGGAACUGGAAGAAAGGGAAAUAAGGCUAAGGACAAAAAAAAGAAAAAAUCAAUGGCAGUUGAAAACGUAGAGCCCAAAGACAUACCACGCCGUGGACCGGUGGUUGAACCUGAAGUUCCAGCCGAAACAUCUAAGGAAACUCUAGAAGCUCCAAGAGAGAGAAUUCCUGAAGCAGAAGUCGAAUUUCUCCCGAACGUCACUAAGAGGAAAGGAAAGAAGUCCAAAGUCAAGGGCAAAGAUCCCGCAAUUGUAAAAUCCGUGGUUGAAACAGAAGAAAGCCUCCCGGGUGCGGCUCGUGGAUUUCCAAAUGAGCCAGAUGAGCUCGACAAACCGGAAGAGCCUGCUUUCCUGUCCCCAAGGGUGCCUUGGAGUGGAUCAGAGGGUAAUUUGCCAUCCUUAAUGACGGGAAGGGGUUCGAGGAAGAAUAGGAAAAUGAGCAAAGUGCAUGUUCCCGAGAAUCCAGCCUUGGAUAUUGCAGAAGCACAGCUAUUGACACCUGAACCCGAGCCUAUUCCUAAACCUGCAGCAAUAGAGCCCACAGAGAUACCUGACUGGUCACAGAAAUUUGAAUCCUCUCUUAGAGGUGACAAACCAACACAGCAGGAUACCAGGCCAUUUGAGUUGACAACAUCUCGGGCCCUUGAUAUUGAUGUCCCUGGACGUGGUCCUUCUGGCUCUGAGCCGGAGCUUACCAACCAGCCACCUGAAAAUGUCCAACUGUUGGACAGGUCAAUGGAUGAAUCCGAAGCAAUGACACUGACACCGAAGCGUAUAUCCAAUGACGACCCUUUUUCGGUUGAAUCAAGCUCGAAGGAGCGGUCCUCUACCGUUCUAUUUCACUCUUCACCAUCCACUCGAGACUUCAGUUACAUGACUCCGUCAACCCAGACAAUCUACGACCAGCCUGAGGAGCGUCCGUCCACACCUACUCCAACACAUCUACACAAGUCUAUCGAAACGGACAAACCCCUAGAUGCCGCUGGUGACAUAACCCCCCAUGCACUGCUCUCUACCCCGGAGCAAGAGUCUGCAAAGCCAAUCGUUGCCGAAGACACAACAUCCAAGUCCCCCCAGCAAACUCGGCCAUCUCUCGAGCCUCCAUCCCUCUUCGGAGGACCCUACGGGCUGGCUGAACGGGGGCGGUCAGUCUCUAGAUCGGUAUCUCCUCCCAAAACACCGCUGGGAACGAUUGAAGAGCACUCGGCCAUCUCUGCGCCAUACGAAUCCCAGCCUCCUCCUGCCUUUCCCCAGCUAACCCCGGACGCCGUUACCACCAGCCGCGGGCCCGAGAAGAUGCAACAGGCUCAACCGCCAGCCUGGACGACUCCCGACGCCAACCCUGUCGGAACCCCUGAAUCGACGCCCCCAAAGCUACGUCGGGUUAAAAGCCGCCGCAGCUCCGAUCUUAAAGCGGCGAGCCAACGUGACCUUCGGCGCGGAAGAACCAGAACUCCGUCUCCCAGCCUCUCACAAGACGACCAAGAAUAUCAGGAAGAUGAAGAAGCGCGCCAACUUCCAUCGUCUUCAACAUAUGACCCAGUCACAGACAAGGGCAAAGCGCCGCUGCGAGGCAUGGCAGCCGACGUUUAUGAAGGAUGGGGCGAUGUCCAGGGCGCCCCGCCGCUGUCACCUACUCGCCCGCCCAGCGUGCGUCGGCGCCGCAGUCUACAACGCCUCCAGGAGCUCGAAACUCGUCUCGACCAACUUGUAUCGGAAAAUCGCCUGUUAGGCUCCUCGAAAGCCGCCGCCGAAAAGGCAAUUGAGAGUCAGGCCGUCGCCCAACGUCAACAUGCGCGCGCAUUAGAAGCACGUGACCAGGCCAUCCAAAACAAGGAGCUUGAGAUACAGCAGCUGCAGAAGUCCUCAGACUGGCUAAAGAAGGAGAUUACUAGGCUGACGGAGGUCAAUGAAGGCCUUGCUGCUGCCAAUGCUGGCUACGCUGCCUCCCGUGGCCUUGACGGUGGCGACAAGUCAAACUACAAGGAGGAAUGGGAAAAGUCGCAACGGGAGCUAGAGAAAGUCCGCGCGCAAUACGCACAGCUAUCCUCAGGCCUGGAGCAGAUGGUCAAGCAUGAAGUUGGCACUGCGCUCGCAGAUAAGGAUGCUGAGAUUCAGUUGCUACGAGACAACCUGGCAGAUGCCCAGGACAAGAUCAAGGAGCUCCAGGCGCAAAUCCAGGCCGCAGUCAAGGACGACAUUCUCAUCUUUCACGAUGAAGACUACUUUGACAACGCUUGCCAGAAACUAUGUCAACACGUCCAGCAGUGGGUCCUGAGAUUCUCCAAAUUUUCGGAUAUGCGCGUGUGCCGCACCACUAGUGUCCUCCGAGACGAGAAGAUUGUUGACCGAUUUGAGAAUGCCAUCCUUGAUGGAACCGAUGUCGAUACCUACCUUUCCGAUCGUGUUAGACGAAGAGAUGUGUUUAUGUCAGUUGCCAUGACCAUGAUGUGGGAGUACAUCUUUACACGAUACCUCUUUGGAAUGGACAGAGAGCAACGACAGAAGCUCAAGACCCUCGAAAAACACCUUUCCGAAGUCGGUCCACCAAACGCUGUUCACAAGUGGCGAGCUACUACUUUGACCCUUCUCUCCAAACGACCUUCUUUCAAAGAACUCCGCUCACAGGAUACAGAAGCCGUGGUUCAAGAAAUCUACCGUACCCUCUCAAAACUACUUCCACCCCCUCAUGAGCUAGAGAAAACUGUUCUGGACUCCCUUCGCAACGUCAUGCGGUCAGCAGUCGACCUUUCUAUCAAAAUGCGUACCCAACGUGCAGAGUACAUCAUGUUACCUCCCCUCCAGCCAGAAUACGACACCAACGGUGAACUCCUCCGCAAAGUCUACUUCAACGCUGCCCUUAUGAACGAGCGCAGUGGUGAAACAACGUCGAACGAAGAACUAGAGGCACAGAGAGCCGUCGUUCGCAUGGUCCUGUUCCCCUUGGUUGUCAAGAAGGGCAGCGAUGAGGGUGAUGGUGAUGAAGAGAUAGUCGUCUGUCCUGCCCAGGUCCUUGUCGCAAGGCCUCCAAAGGAAAGGAAGUCGUCCAAGGGCCUGAGUGCUGAUAGACAGAGCAUUCGAUCGACUCAAAGCUUCCCAUCUAUCAGUAUGGCCCCGAGCAACCCCAGCAACAUAAUGUGA